AUGGCGGACGAAGACGAAUUUCGCUCUCCCGUAGAGCCGUCGCAGCAAUCUCAAGACUACAUCACAGAGCCUUGCAUGGUUGGAUUCGUCAUCGCGAACAUAGUAGGGUUAAAGUACUACUCAGGCCGAAUCAACGGCCGAGAAUUGGUGGGUCUGGUCCGUGAGCCCUUGAACCCAUACGACGAGAACGCACUCAGAGUACUCAACACUCGCUCCGUCCAAGUGGGUCACAUCGAGCGUGUGGUGGCCGCCGUUCUCUCGCCGUUGAUUGACUCUCACACGAUCCUCGUCGAAGGUAUCGUACCCAAUACUCGCUCUACCUCCAAUAGGUUCAAAAUUCCCUGCCAAAUCCACAUUUUCGCGAAGUUAGAAGAGUCCUCCGCCGUGAAAUCGACGAUUUCGCGAGCUGGGUUGGUGUUGAUUUCGGAUUCCGAUACAUCGUUUGGGUUAUCAGAGGCUGCUGUGGUUAAGGAACAGAUGGGUAAUGGAGGGAACAAGAGCGUAGACAAGAUUUUCAAACUGGUUGAUAAGAAUGUAAGGCAAAAGGAGCAGAUGGUUGCGGUUGAGCCGCCGAGGGAAGUGAUAAAGUCAGAACUUUUCGCUCAUCAGAAGGAAGGAUUGGGAUGGUUACUCCACAGGGAGAAAUCCGGUGAAUUGCCUCCGUUUUGGGAGGAGAAAGAUGGAGAAUUUCUAAAUGUUCUGACGAAUUACCGCACGGAUACUCGGCCUGAGUCUUUGCGAGGAGGAGUGUUUGCUGAUGAUAUGGGAUUGGGGAAGACCCUUACUUUGCUUUCCCUGAUAGCUUUUGAUAGAUAUGGCGACGCAUCCAGCAGUACGCCAACCGAAGAGUCGGUGGUUGUUGAGGAAGAGAAGAUUGAAAAGAAGGGUAAAAAGAGAGGAAGAGGAAAGAGCAGUGAAAGUGUAACUCGAAAGAAGAAGCUUAAGCCUGAUGAUGUUGUUGGCAAUGGCGUGAACGUUUCUUCAAAGACAACGUUGAUCGUUUGUCCACCUUCUGUGUUUUCGGCAUGGAUUACACAGCUAGAGGAGCAUACUGUAGUGGGAAGCUUGAAGGUGUAUAUGUAUCAUGGUGGAGAAAGGACAGACGAUGUUAACGAGCUUAACAAGUAUGAUAUUGUGCUGACUACUUACAGCACUUUGGCUGUUGAGGAGCCUUGGGAAGAUUCACCUGUGAAGAAGAUGGAGUGGCUGAGAGUAAUUCUGGAUGAGGCACACACCAUUAAGAAUGCAAAUGCUCAACAGAGCAGAGCGGUUUGUAAACUGAAGGCUUCUCGCAGAUGGGCUGUCACAGGAACUCCUAUUCAGAAUGGUUCGUUUGAUUUGUACUCUCUGAUGGCUUUCCUCCGGUUUGAGCCAUUCUCGAUUAAGAGUUAUUGGCAAAGCUUGAUACAGCGUCCGCUCGGUCAAGGGAACAAGAGUGGGCUUUCCCGUUUACAGGUUUUGAUGGCGACAGUUUCGUUGAGGAGAACGAAAGAAAAGAGUUUGAUUGGUUUGCCAGCUAAGACUGUUGAGACUUUUUACGUUGAACUUUCUCCGGAAGAGCGUCAGUUGUAUGAUCACAUGGAAGGAGAAGCCAAAGGUGUUGUGCAAAAUCUGAUAAAUAGUGGGAGCUUGAUGCGCAACUACUCCACAGUUUUGAGUAUAAUCUUGCGUCUUAGACAGAUUUGUGACGACCUUUCUCUCUGUCCUCCAGAGUUAAGAUCUUUUACCACCUCCACAUCUAUCGAAGAUGUGACUGGUAGGCCAGAGCUACUGCAAAAGCUUGUUGCAGUAUUGCAAGAUGGCGAAGAUUUUGACUGUCCAAUUUGCAUUUCGCCACCAAAAGACAUCAUCAUCACUCGAUGUGCUCACAUCUUCUGCAGAGCUUGUAUUCUUCAAGCCCUUCAAAGGAGUAAACCCUUGUGCCCUCUUUGCCGUGGCUCUCUUACCCAAUCUGACCUCUACAAUGCUCCGCCUCCUCCUCCGGAGGCUUCCAAUACUGAUGAAGAAGACACCAACUCUUCAACCAAAUCCUCAAAGGUCUCGGCUUUACUAUCGCUUCUCAUGGCAUCAAGACAAGAAGACCCCAACACAAAGUCCGUUGUGUUCUCUCAAUUCAGGAAGAUGCUGCUUCUACUGGAAAUCCCGCUGAAGUCUGCAGGUUUCACCAUCUUACGCUUGGAUGGGGCAAUGACUGUGAGUAAACGUACCCAAGUCAUUAAAGAUUUUGGGAAUUCGGAGUUAACCGGACCUGUAGUGUUGCUUGCGAGCCUCAAGGCCUCUGGUGCUGGCAUAAACCUAACUGCAGCCUCGAGGGUUUACUUGUUGGAGCCGUGGUGGAACCCUGCAGUUGAAGAGCAGGCAAUGGAUAGGAUUCAUAGGAUUGGGCAGAGGCAGGAGGUUAAAAUGAUAAGGAUGAUUGCUAGAAACAGUAUCGAAGAGAGGGUCCUCGAGCUUCAGCAGAAGAAGAAGAAUCUGGCGAACGAAGCUUUUAAAAGAAGGCAGAGGAAAGAUCAAAGAGAGGUUAACGUUGAAGACGUGGUUGCUCUCAUGUCUCUAUAA